CGACACGCGAUGCCUCUGACCAGCGGCAGGGCCCAUGCGGAAACGACCUCCGGCGGUAUCUUGCACAAGCGAACGGCGUCUUCUACGACCAUUCCUGUAAUACUGGCGGAGCCCCCAGUCGGACGCGCGCUGUUCAUCAACGACGCGGCGGCCACGGCGUCGGCCAUGACGGGUCUGGGGAAGGAGUAUGCUGGGAACGCUGUGCGGACGUCCAAGUACACGUUGGUCACGUUCUUGCCCAAGACGUUGCUGGAGCAGUUCCGCCGCGUGGCCAACUUUUACUUUUUGGUCAUUUCACUGCUGCAGCUUGGCACACCGUACUCGCCCACAAACAAAUACUCGACGAUCGUGCCGUUGAUAUUGGUGUUGUUCGCUACGAUGGUCAAGGAAGCCGUGGAGGACAAGGCAAGGCACGACGCCGAUCGCAUGGUGAAUCAAUCGAAAGCAGAAGUGUUUGACGUGGAUGCGCAAGCGUGGAUGGAGAUGCUGUGGAAAGACGUGCGCGUGGGCGAUUUGGUUCGCGUCAUGGAGACACAGUCGUUUCCCGCGGACCUCGUGCUUCUCACGUCGAGCUCCAACGACGGACAAGUGUAUGUCGAAACGGCCAACCUGGACGGCGAAACAGACUUGAAGAUUCGUUGCUGUCCAGACGCCAAAGGCAUCGAGCUGGACGCGGGGCUGUUUCCGUUGGAGCUCGCGGGCGAAAUCACGUGCGAACAGCCGAAUCGGCGCCUGUACACGUUUGCUGGCGCGUUGAAGAUCAAGGAACAACAUUCGCAACAACAAUCCGUCGAGAUUGCGCUAACGAUCAACAACCUUGUGCUUCGGGGCAUGACCUUGACCAACACCAGUAUGAUCGUGGGGGUCGUUGUCGCCGCUGGAAACGAGACCAAACUCAUGCUGAACUCGAAAAAGACGCCGUCCAAGUUUUCCCGCCUCGACGCGAUUGCGAAUCGGUGCAUCGUGCUCAUCUUCACGGUGCUAUUCCUCGUGUGCUGCGCGUCCACGGCCAUGAGCAUCGUCACAACCCAGCGCCACGGCAACCGAAUCGCCCAUAUGGCUCACGUCGCCGACAUCAACGACGACCCCGAAGCCUCGUUUCUAAGCUCGUUCUUGACCUACUUGAUCUUGUACAACAACUUGGUGCCAAUAUCGCUCUACAUUUGCUUGGAAAUGGUGAAAUGGUAUCAAGCCAAGAACAUGGAGUCGGACCAGGCGAUGGUGGACCCUGUCACAGGCCGAUCUGUCCAAGCACGCACGUCCAACCUGAACGAAGACGUGGGCCAGAUCAAGUACCUCUUCAGCGACAAAACAGCAGGCACGAUUACGCGAAACGAAAUGGUGCUCAAGUACAUCCACGUCAACAACCGAGUGUUUGAAAUGUCUCCCCCUGUAUGUCCAUACCAUCCCCCAACCCCCACAAAUACCGACUUGCUGAAUUGUCAAACGAAUACAAUGGUUAGACGCUACCCGAUCAUCAAUACCCGGUGCAACGCGAGGCGUCCUUUCAACGCGGACACACUGUGGCCCUCCAGCAAGCGGGAACAGCCCCAAAUCAACGCGACCCGACCGACAUUCAGCACGACUAACUAUGUGACUUCUCAGAGCACAGUGUUGGACGGGUCAACCAAAUUUAUGACGGCGGGGCAGCUGGCGCAAGCGUUUUUUCGGUGCGUGUUGCUGUGCCAUACAGCAACUGUGUCAGCAACGGGCGACAUUCGAGCGUCGUCGCCCGACGAAGCGGCACUGCUCCGCGCGGCCAAGUUGUUGAAUUGCGAAUUCAUUGGACGCACAGAGAACAUACUCGACAUCAGUGUGUUUGGGGCCCGAGAACGCUACGAACUCCUCGCCCUGAACGAGUUCGAUAGUACGCGCAAGAGCAUGUCGGUUGUUGUGCGGGUGCUGAAGGCGACAAAUAUCUCCAACGAGGACGACAUGUGGGUGUUUUGCAAAGGCGCGGAUAGUACGCUGCUGUCGGCGACCAACAACUACCUCAUGCAAAAAAGCACCGAGUUCAUGAGCCGCCACGUGCAGUACUUUGCAUCGUUGGGGUUGCGCACGCUUGUGUUUGGGUAUAAGCGGGUGUCGUUUGUCGAGUUUACGACGUGGUUUGUGGCGUAUUGCAAGGCCAAGACGUCGCUGGUGCGGCGGGCGACCAAACUUAGGGAGUGCGCUCGGUCCAUGGAGACCAAUUUGACUAUCCUGGGCGCCACGGGGGUCGAAGACCAGCUGCAGGAUGGGGUUGCCGACUGCAUCGAGGCUCUCAGCGAGGCGGGGAUCAACAUUUGGAUGUUGACGGGCGACAAGGACGAGACAGCCGUGUCGGUAGGGACAGCGUCCGGACUGAUCUCGGAUCAUUCGCACCUCGUCGUGAUCAACGAAACGUCCAAGCGCGGGUGCCUUGAACAGAUUGCCACCGCGCGGCGAAAGCUCAAGAAGAUUGGGCUGUGGCGGCAAGGGGUGGCGUCUCGGGACGUGUCGCUUGUGAUCAACGGGGAAGCGCUCGACAGUUUGCUGUCUGUGGAGGACCCAUCGUCGGCGUCCGUCUCGAGAGUGAGCAACAUCUUGUCGUCCAAUCACGACAGAAUGCUAAGCAACGCCGCCACGGCCAACACGACGAUGGCAUUGUCGCCUGUCGCGAGUGGCGAGUACUCUCGCAAACGCCUCGAGAACCGAUCCCCUUCGGCGACGUCCACAGAGUGGAUGGGCCAACGGCCGUCGGGUGGGAUGCUACGCCACAGCACGUCCAUGGGUCGAGUGGGUGCCCACUCAAGAAGUCACCUAAAAAAUAAUACUUCUGGUGACCUACAAAGUGAAGCAUCUCUCACGUCGCUGCUGCAGUCGCGACGCCAGUUGGCCAAAAAAACGACGCCUGAGGUGGCGAGCACGAAACUCAUGCAAGUGGAGCCCCUGGACCACCGAUCGUCCGAAGUCGAGAGUUCGUCUGCAUCGCCCGGGGAUAGCAACCGCGCGACGUCCAACGUGCUGUCAUUUUGGAGGUCUAUGCUCAUGGCCAGCAACAAGUCGUUUGGUGACCUCCCUCGCACGACCAAACCAAACUUGGGCGACGCGCCCAAAGUGCCGUAUCCGUCCAAAGGCGGUGUCGCUACCUCGCAAUCCCUAGCAACGUUGCAUCCUCCGCAAUGGAAAGUGAAGGCGGUGGCGUUGUCGUCCACGCUGGGAUCCAUGGCCGAGCUGCCGGCGUCCCCUUCGUUGGUGCAACUGUGCAGAGAAAACCUCGCGGAACAACGGCGCCGCUCAUCCACGUCGAUGGCGACUUGGUUUGGAGGACAAGUCAACGCCGUGGGGCGAAUGGCCAAGAAUUUGGUGUCCAAGGGGACCUUGAGCCCCGUCGCGACUUCCUCCGCGACCCCCCCUCUUCCCCUCGCAGUGACGUCCGAGAUCGGGUCGCUUCUGGUGCCAACCAGCUUGGCGGCAUUGCAUCGAUCGAUGUCCCAUCUUUCGCUCCAGUUGAACGCCGCCAUAAGGUCGAGCACCACCGCCAAACAUGCUGCUCGAGUGCCUCGCAGCAACGACGACGACGAUGAGUUUCCCGUGCUUCGGUUGAAGCACCUCGACUCGGACUUGGCUGUGAUCAUGUUCUUACAGCUCGUCACGCAGUGUCGCUCGGUGAUUGCGUGUCGCCUGUCGCCGAUCCAAAAGGCGCAAAUUGUCGCGCUCAUCAAGUCGAGCAAACAUCGUCCGAUGACCAUGGCCGUGGGCGAUGGCGGCAACGACGUGAGCAUGAUUCAAGAAGCUAACAUUGGCGUCGGCAUUUACGGACACGAAGGCAUGCAAGCGGUGCGCAGUGCCGACUUUGCGAUCGGGCAGUUUCGGUUCCUCUCGAGACUCAUUCUCGUACACGGGCGGUGGAACUACCGCCGCGUAUCGAUUGUGAUUCUGUUUUCGUUUUACAAAAAUAUGGCGCUCAUCAUGACGCUGUUUGCGUACUCGUUUUUGAAUGGCCAUUCUGGUCAAACCCUGUACGAGUCGUAUCUCAUGGUCGGCUGGAACGCCUUGUACACGUUCUUUCCGAUUCUUGUGCUUGGAAUCAAAGACGAAGACAUCAGUGCCGAGACGGUGUUGCGGUUUCCGUUCAUUUACCGAAGCAACCAACUGGACAAGGAGCUCAACAUUGAAAAAAUGAGGCUCUGGGUCGGCAAUGCUCUGUUGCAUUCGUUCCUCGUGUUUAUCCUGUCCACGUUCUUGAUCUACAAAUUGGACACGUACUCGAUCCCCAACGCGAGCUUGUUUGUAUAUGGCACGGCCGUGUAUGGCAUCUUGGUUGUCACGGUGUGCGUGAAAGCGGCCAUGAUCAUGCAGCACAUGCACCGGUGGACGAGGUGGCACUACUUGUCGAUUGUGUCUGGGCCAGUGCUGUAUGCGAUCUUUGUCGCGUCGUAUUCCGAGGCGUAUGACGUCCUACACAUGGGCGCCUUCAGCGACUUUUUCGGGCUCGGAGGGGUCUUGUUCAGCUCGAUUACGUUUUGGCUGGGGGUGGUCGUCGUCUCGUUCUCGUCGCUUCUGCUCGAUUUUAUCGUCAUGUACCUGUAUCGCAUGUACCUCCCCACGAAUCAAGUGAUCAUCGAGGAAAUUGAUUGCCGCCUCGAGCGCCGCCCGAGCAUGAGUACGCGACUGCGCAACGGCGCGUCGUCCGCAGCGUCCUUUCUCUUCCUUGGCGAUUGGCACAAGCAGCUGCACAAGAGCACACAUUUCACCGAGCACGAGGAGUUGUGCUGGCAACUUGCCAAGUUUGAGCGCGAGAUCUCGAGGGAGACCAACGAGAUGCAGCAGCAGCAGUCCGACGACAAGGAGAUGGGGUUUAUCAUCACGUCGAUGCCCCCCAUCCACCCUAUCACGAUGGAGUUCAUGGGCGAAGACUUUGAACCGCUUGAAGCCGAGUACAACCGCAGCUUUGCCGAGCGGCAGGUGCUUCGCGUGCGCGUGCUGGUGAUCAUCCUGCUGGUGUUCAUUCCGCCGUACGCUGUCGCAGAAUACGUGUUUGAGCAGGACACGGACAUGUACCCGUCGCGGAUCCUCAUGUUUUGCUGUGUGUUGGGGUACUUGCUGUACGUCCGGACGGAGCGGUUCUUGACCACGUACCACAGCUCGGUGGCGAUCCCGCUGGCGUUGGCCGGCCUCGUGUUGACGCAAUCCAUCAAAUACACUGGCAAGUUCAGUGUCACGAUGUUUUCAAUCGUCGCAUUCAGCGUCGUGCGCGUCAAGUUCGUGUACGCGCUGUGGCUAGUGCUGUUCAACUUUGCCUACUUCAUGCUGUCCAGCGAGAUGGGGCUCACCAGCGUCGAGCCCUCGAGCGACUCGACCGUGGACGAGCGCGUUGUAUUUACGAUCUUCAUGGCGUACUUGGCCGUGUUUGCCGCGUACGACAACUACCAGUUGCAAAUCACAAUGAAACUCGAGUUUGUGCAACUUCGCAUUUUGAAAUACGAAGAGCACCGCAGCCGCGACAUGCUCAAGAACAUGCUGCCAAGUCAUAUUGUCAAGCGGCUCGAGAAUGGCGCGACGCUCGUGUCGGACGAGGAGAAGGACGUGGCGCUGCUGUUUUGCGACGUUGGCGACUCGGCGUCCUUGACCAAGCGCUACAAUCCCCGCGAGAUGGUCGUGCUUCUCGAUCGCAUAUAUUCGCUGUUUGACAAGCUAUGCGCAAAGCACGGUGUCCGCAAGAUGGAAACCGUGGGGAAGAUCUACUUGGCGUGUGCUGGCUUGCGCGGCAGCGCCAAGGGCAAAGAGGCGGUUCUGCGGGUAGCCGCCACGGCGCGUGACAUGGCUGCGGUGAUGGGCAAGUGCCGGACGCGCAACGGCCACACGAUCAAUCUCCGCAUAGGCAUCCAUUGUGGGCGCGUGAUCAGUGGGCUCGUGGGCAUGAAGAAGCAGCAGUUUUCGCUCUUUGGGGAUACUGUUAACACUGCGUCAAGGAUGCAGAGCACGGGGUUGCCAGGGCGGAUUCAAAUUUCGCAGGAGGCGUACGAGCUGCUGGAACACGAUUUUGAGUUUGAGCAUCGCACGGUGGAAGCCAAAGGCAAGGGAACGCUGGCGACGCAUUUAAUGGGGAAGCCUAUGACGGCGCUGGCGCAGCGGGCAUGUCGCGGCCGGUUGGGCACCAAGUCGGCAAAGAAAACCAACGACAGCCGCCGCCUCAGUCUCACGCAGGAGCUGCAGAAAAGCUUGUACUGUGGAAACAUCCCUUUCGCGACUCACGAUAUACGGUGGACCUGGCAGUCGUGGCCGUGCUUUCGAUCCGUCAAGGUAAACGUCAAGCCCAUCUCGUCGCUCCAGUCUGUGCAAGAAGAAUACGUGGCGGCGCAGAUCAACUCGAACGUGUUGGCGUUCAACGACUUUAUCACCGAGGCGUCGUACCUCCGGGCCAAGUGGUCCGAGCGGCACGAAGGAGCAAGGCGCACCAUGCUCGCAAUUGCCGUGUACAUGAUCUUCGCCACUGUCCGUGACAACGUCCGACAGGGCCAAGCGACCGAUGGCCAGUCCUCCAGCCACGUGCACGUCAAGAUUGCGUUUGGCGUGGCUCGCGCGCUGUUUAUCGGGUGUGUGGUGUGGUGGAAGGUCCUCCGACAUCGGAGAUGGAAAACGAAGGUCAUGUCGUCGCCUCGAAAGACGCACGCCAGUCUCAGCGCGCCUAACUUUACGUUGUACGUGGUCGUGUACUUCGUCGCGACGGUGCUCCUGGUCGUGCCCAACAUCGUUCGGUGGAUCGACAACCAACAGAGCAACACGUACUCGCACAUUGGGCUGGACGUUGUGUUCGUUGUGUUCUUGGCCUCCACGGGCGGAUCCAUCAUGCACAGGCACACUGUGCUUGUCAAUGUCGUGUUCCUUGUCAGUGCUACGAUCCUCUUUGCGGUUCUCGUGGGGGUGUAUCAACAUCCUACCAAUGCCGAAGGGGAAAAGCUGCGCAUCUACCCGUUGAUGUUGUCGUACUGCGUGGGCGUGUCCAACGUCAUGUCAAGACGAGACGUCGAGUACUACUGCCGCCGGCGGUACUUGCUCUACACGCGAACGGGCAAGGAGGCAAAGAAGGCGGAUCGGUUGCUGUACAAGAUGUUGCCUAGUUCUGUGGUCGCGCAAUUGAAAAACGGCGACACUGUGUGCGACCAAUUCCAAGAAGUGGGCAUCUUGUUUUCCGACAUCAAAGGGUUCACGUCCAUUGCCGCCAAAGCUGAAACCGACCAAGUGGUCCAAAUCUUGGCGUCGUUGUUCAUUGCGUUCGACAAACUCACCACCCAACAUGGCGUGUUCAAAAUGCAAACCAUCGGCGAUGCAUACGUGAUCGUGUCUGGCUUGCCCUACAACGACGUGCCGCUGCCGGAUGAGAUCCCCACUGAAAUCGCGGGCGACUGCUGCUUCAACGGCCGGAUGAGGGCCUUUCAGUCCGGGGACACCCAGCGCUCCCAGCGGUCGACCGUUGAGAAAACCACGGGCAGCCGCUUAGCCAACUCCCGCAUCCCCAAGGACCCGUUGGUGACGCGAGAGCACAUCCAACGACUGAUCCAUAUGGCCCACGACAUGCACCGAGAAGUGGCCAAGAUCAAAGACCCCAUCAGCGGUGACCCCCUCUUGAUGCGCAUCGGUAUCCACGUCGGGACGAUCAUCGCGGGUGUGAUCGGCACGUCCACACUGCGCUACGACAUGUGGGGGCCUGAUGUAUUCACUGCAAAUGAAAUUGAAUCGCACGGAGUACCCGGCAAGAUUUUAGUGUCGAGCGAUGUCAUGCAAGUGGCAAGGAAAUGCCAGAACAUUCAAUUGACGUAUCACUCGACUAUCAACUUGACUGGCAUCAACGACCUUGACACUUAUCUCGCCGAGUACUCGGAAUUGCCCUUCCCAUCGGGCGAAAAGGACAUGGACCACUCCACCAAGGCCAAGCGCGACACCAGUUUUAUUGCGGCAUAAGUGUCCCCAAAACUAUUUAUUGAAAAAGAGGCCUUGGCAUUCAGCUGUGCAGUGGUUGCGCGUACUGCGACCACGAGGUAUCAGUGGCACAGAU